GGUGUGUGAAUGGGUGGGGAGACAUGGAUAUCAAGGGACGACUGAACAGGCUUCCUGCUGCUGGUGUGGGUGACAUGGUGAUGGCCACAGUCAAAAAAGGCAAACCAGAGCUCAGAAAUAAGGUACAUCCAGUGGUGGUAAUUCGACCACAAAAGUCAUACCAGAGAACAGAUGGUGUAUUUCUGUAUUUUGAAGACAAUGCAGGGGUCAUUGUAAAUAAUAAAGGGGAAAUGAAAGCUUCUGCCCUUACAGGACCAGUGGUAAAGGAGUGUGCAGACUUAUGGCCCAGGAUUGCAUCCAGUGCUGGCAGUGUUGCAUGAUUCUUCGGUGUAUUUGUAAAAAAUAAAAACUUAUUUGUUCCCAUAAAAAAAAAAUU